GACACUUCAUCGACGACAACGAGAGGCCGCUCGUCGCUGCUGUCAUGGCCUUGUUCUGCCGCGCCGCGUACCUGCUCCUGAAGCCCUCCAGACCCGUCGCAGCCUGCAUCUCCGCAGCGGCGCGUCAGUACAGCUCAGGUGGUCAGUAUGACUACAUCAUAGUGGAAAAGCGUGGUGAGAAGCAGAAUGUCGGUUUUAUUCAACUUAACCGGCCAAAGGCUCUCAACGCUCUGUGCGACGGGCUGAUGUCAGAGGUGGGACAGGCUCUUGAUGACUUCGAAGCUGAUGGAGGCGUUGGAGCGAUUGUUAUCACAGGCAGCGACAGAGCCUUUGCUGCGGGGGCGGACAUAAAAGAGAUGCAGAACAGAACCUUUCAGGAGUGUUACGGUGGAAACUUCCUGUCCCACUGGAACAGAGUUUCCACAGUGAAGAAGCCUGUGAUCGCUGCUGUCAAUGGGUUUGCUCUGGGUGGAGGCUGUGAGUUGGCAAUGAUGUGUGACAUCAUCUAUGCCGGAGAGAAGGCUCAGUUUGGCCAACCGGAAAUCCUGCUGGGGACCAUUCCUGGGGCGGGUGGUACUCAGCGGUUGACCCGUGCAGUGGGGAAAUCCCUGGCUAUGGAAAUGGUGCUAACAGGAGAUAAGAUCAAUGCCCAGGAAGCCAAGCAGUCAGGUCUUGUCAGUAAAAUUUGUCCAGUGGACCAACUAGUGUUGGAAGCUAUAAAGUGUGGAGAGAAAAUUGCAAGUAAUUCCAAGCUGGUGUCGGCCAUGGCAAAGGAGGCUGUUAACGCAGCUUAUGAACUGACUUUGGCAGAGGGGAAUCGGCUGGAGAAACGGUUGUUCCACUCUACGUUCGCCACGGAGGAUCGUAAGGAAGGCAUGUCGGCAUUUGUGGAGAAGAGACAGGCCAGUUUCAAAGACAAGUAGAGCAGGAGAAAAUCUGGCUGAGAACCAAGAUGUUCAAAGAUCCAGCUAUCCCCAGCCCACUUCCUGAUCUCAAAUCUGUUGUCAUAAUUACUUGGAUGCUGCAAAAAAAAAAAAUCACAAUACCAAUGGAAGAUAGAUGCUAAGAAGAAUUAGUAUUUGGCACUAAAGCAAGUGCACAAGAGUGUCUUAUGGUACAGCUGUCUCUGUGAGUACAUGCACAGUGUCCAGAUCAGAUGCGGUCUGCAUACAGCAGUGCCAUGUGUGUUCCAGUAAAACUGUUUGCUAAAUUUGUCAUCACAAGUAGCACAGCCGGAGCUAUGAUGGCCAAUACCAACUUUGCCUUUAUUUGUAUUCUCAACGUGAUGCAGACAUUUUGUGGGUGGACAAUUUUAAUUUGUACAUUUUGCAAAAAAAAAGAAGAAUCUGUAAUGGUUUUGAGUAACUGAGAAAAAAAUAUUGCUGUUGAUUGAAAGGAUAUACCUUCUUUCCUUGUGUGACACCAUAUGCUAGGUUGUUGACUAAAAUUUCCAUGAUGAUCCUUAGAGUAGGGAAUGCUAUUAUUCCUUCUUUUUGUUACACCUUUAGCUGAUUGAAAAACUUAGUCAACCAUAACCUGGCUUUGAAAAUUAUGAACCAAGUUCACUUUAGUUCAAGUUCAGUUUACUGUCAUAAAUGCAAUGAAAUGUAUAUGCCCUGGCUCUUCCCCCUCUUUUUCUACUGUCGGCUGCUCCCAUUAGGGGUCGCCACAGCAGAUCAUCCGUUUCCAUCUCUUCCUGUCCUCUGCAUCUUCCUCUGGCAUGACAGCCACCUUCAACCACCAAUCAAAUAAUGCGGAUCAUAAGAUGUCCAUACCGGAUUGGUCGAGGCCUGGGUUACCAACGACCGCCCCCUACUGUUGGCCGGGCUGUCCCCCUCAUUCAAUGUAGAUGUAUAAUGUCUUCAUGCGUGCUCAAUAAUCCAGGUAAGGACAAAACAGAAAGUUAAAUCAGUUGAUCUGGACACAACGUUUAUCGUUUGUGUCAGGAAACCCGAUCCUUGGGGUGGACCAAUUUCUGGCGCAGCAUCUUUUGGGGUUUGAAAGUAACUGAGAUGUGAAGUUUGGUUGCCAGGUCCCCCGGCAAAAACAGCAGUAUAGUGUAUGCUGUUAAGUGCUAGGAGGAUUGCCGUGAUUUGUACAUCGGGGAAACCAAACAGACGCUGACCAAGAGGAUGGCACAACACAGAAGAGCUAACACGCCAGGCCAGGACUCCACAGUCUACACCAUCUACAGGCCAGUGGCCACUCUUUCAAGGAUGAGGAUGUGCACAUCCUCGAUAGGUAUGAAUGCUGGUUUGAACGGGGAGUCAGAUACCUCUUAUCCACCAGAAUGGUGCCGGUGCGGAGCCAGUUCUCCCUUGGUGCAUUUUGAGAACCGGUGUCUGCAUUUUGACAGGUUUGAGAACUGAACUGAACGUGACGUAGCAGAACUUCCGUUGGGGAAAAAAAACUGAUGGUGGACAGAACCCUCAUUUUUUUUAAUUUGUAAUACCAUUAUUAUAUAAACAAAAUCUGGCCAUAACGAUAACAAAUUAGCAAAUGGUACAACUCAGACUGAGCUAUUACAAAUUUUUUUGUAUUUCACAAAAAAUAAGGAAAAAAUAAUAAUAAAAAGACAGAGGUCUAAUCAGAAAUCAACAUAUGUGUUUCUGUAAAUAUGCAAAGCUUGUUUUGUUUGUAUACAUUUCAGUGCUUUCUUAAAAUAUAUUAAUUCAUUCACGAAGACUAAGAAUAGUGGCUUGGCAUUAAUAAAUCUAGAUCCAUGGAUAAUUUGUUUAGCCAUAAUAAUCAAGCUAUUGUACAACAUUUCCAUAUUUUUACCCUCCCAUUAUAACUCCAAAUUUAAUAUCCUUAUAAUCUAAAUUAGGCAAAUGAGAGUCCUUUUCAGAUAUCCAAUUUUGAAAUAAUUUCCAAAAGGCUCUAGUAUAAUUACAAGUAAAAAAACAAAUGUUCUAACGUUUCGAUAACAGAAUCACAAAACAUACAAUUGUUUUUUC